CAACGUCGACUUCUCUUCGCGGUAUCGGAGCAGCGUCGUUCAGUCCACGUGCGAAAGCCGUUUCGUCAAAGACCCGAAAGGCGUCUUGGAGUCGGCCUAGUUCGCCGAAGAAGCGACUGGGACUCGAGCGAUCCAAAAGUACGCUGUUUGUUUUAAUUUUCGUUGUUUUUUUAUUGAGAUAUUGGUUCCGGGGUGGUGGAUAAAAAUUGGAAACGUAACAAGGAAGAAGGAUAAGAAGAACAGAGUCCUCAGAGUCCAGUUCCGAAAUACUUUCCUCACAAUGACCGGGUCUUCGUUACCAUACCGCAGUGAAGUGAAAUUCCGAGAGUGCAACGGCGUCAGUUGGUCGUGUUUGAACGAAACCGCGUUUAAAACCGAGGCAAGUAUCCUGAUCUAGUCGGUAACGCGGUGAUACUCGAAAGAAAACAAGGCGACGAACCGGGGGGAGAAAAAAAUAGACACUGAGAAGAUAACGAGGGUUGAACAUGGAAACGGUGAACCUGGAGCACGGAUGCGCCUGAGGAAAAAAUAAAGAUAGGUAAUCCGGUAUUCGAAAAGAAGCGAGGAAUUACGGACAUAGGGAUAGAUAUGUGGGUCAGGAUGAUCAACGGUUUGUUCUUCACGGCCGUGGCGACGGCGCUGCUCGCUUCGGUCGUUGGGCAUCGGCACGAUUUUUACGACAUGGAAAGGUACGCGAGCAGCGGAAGCGGCGAGGAUCUGCUGAACCGACUGAGAACAGCUAAGAAGAGCCCGACGGCCGUGGUGCAGUUCGUGCGUGAAAACCGAGCGAUAGAAACGACCCUGAAGAACAUCGUCGAGCGGGGCGACGCCAAAAACACAAACACUUUCUCGUGGACGAGCAACGGUCGACCGGCCGACAACUUUCCCGAUAAAAAUUACGGCGAUCCGGGUCAAGGCCAGUCGCUGCAGGAACUUCGACCGGAGGUCGACCCCGCCGAAAUACUCGAGGAGCUCAGGAUCGCCGCUGGCAAGGACACCUCGUCUAUGUCAACGUCUUCCGAGCGUCAGGGAAGACGCAGGAAGCUGACCAGUCAGGAACAGGGCGUUCUCCUCGUCGAGGCCCUCAGGAAACGGCGGAAUUAUACCUCCUCGUACGAGGAUCCCAGGGGCCAGAGCUCCACCGUUCAGAACAGCAUCAUGGACAUGCUCGGGAGAAUGAUUCCGCAGACAUGCAAGUACAAGGGUACAAAAUUUGACUGCGGUUUGAGCAUAAGCUGCGUUUUGGGGGGCGGAAGACCCGUCGAUCUUUGCUCAGGCGGUCUGAUAUGGAGUUGCUGCGUCGACGACGACGACAUACCGGAAAAGGAUCCUCAGCCCAGCGUCGGUCUUUUGCAAAACGCCAGCUGCGGAGAAUUGUACACGAGGAGCAAUCGAAUCGUCGGUGGACACAGUUCGAGUUUUGGUAGCCACCCUUGGCAGGCGGCCAUAAUAAAGUCCGGUUUUUUGUCAAAAAAAUUAUCCUGCGGUGGAGCUUUGCUGAACAACAAAUGGGUCGUUACAGCUGCUCACUGCGUGGCGACUUCUCCGAAUAACAAUUUAAAAGUUCGUCUCGGCGAGUGGGACGUGAGAGAUACGGGCGAACGAUUGCUUCACGAAGAGUACAACAUAGAGAGAAAAGAGGUUCAUCCGCAGUACUCGCCAACCGAUUUUCGGAACGACGUUGCCCUGGUAAAACUCUCUAGAACCGUCACUUUCAAGCAACACAUUGUCCCGGUUUGCCUGCCGGCCAGAAAUCUCAAACUCGCUGGCAGAACCGCCACCGUUGCUGGUUGGGGGCGAACAAGACACGGUCAGAGCUCGGCGCCCACCGUUCUCCAGGAAGUCGACGUCGAGGUUAUUCCGAACGAGAGAUGCCAAAGGUGGUUCAGAGCCGCGGGAAGAAGAGAAACGAUCCAUGACGUAUUUUUGUGCGCCGGUUACAAGGAGGGAGGCCGGGACUCGUGUCAGGGAGACUCCGGAGGUCCUUUGACGAUGUCGGUUGAAGGACGACACGUUCUAAUCGGUCUUGUAUCGUGGGGAAUCGGAUGCGGAAGGGAGCAUUUGCCCGGCGUUUACACGAAUAUACAAAAAUUCGUCCCCUGGAUAGACAAAGUGAUGAGUUGAAGUGACCGGAUUUAUCGAGAAAAUCCAUUAUUCGACAAUUAAAUGUGAAACUGUGAACUCGAGUGACUGAUAUUAUACGCAAUUUUAUCCCGCGUGUGCGGAUGUUGAUGAGAAUUUUUUAUCCUUGGCAGUUUUUCGAAGAUUUAUAAUAUCAGAGGCUGACCGGAUCGUUAAUUUUUAAUCGUGUUAAUGACGACUGUACGCGAGGCACGAUUCGUCACAAAAAUACCAAUAUUCUAAUAUGACUUGCGUGAAGAGUAAAUAGUAUUAUUUUACAUGCAAAACUGUAUGCUUUUGACGUGUACGCAACUUUUACCACAACCGUACAUGACGUUAAAUGAAUAAAUAAAUUAUUAUUA